AUGUCGUCUAUCACACUAUUCAGAUACACCAAUACGUUCCAAACCUUCAAAGAGGUAGCACUAAAAGAGGAAGAACACCACUCCCUGUUUAUAGGAGACGUUUCCUACGCCUCUGUCAAGCAAAUAGCUGAAAAGAAUAUUCAAGAAUCCAUAGGCCGCCCACGUUCUGAAUGGAAUGGCCGCCAGCUCCCAGCUCAGUCUACAUCUAGAUUUCUACAAGACGAUGAUAACCCCGAAAUAAAUAUUGAAGACUUACAAGAACUAGAGGAAUUUCUCAUCCCUGAAGUUCCUGAUAACUCUAACAAAAUACAAAUAAUUUCAGAUAUCCAAAUUGUACCCCCUCAGCCAAGUGAUGACAGUAUUACAGUCCAUACAGCAGUAGAAAACCCCAUAUUAGAAAUACCCGAAAAUUGUGGAAUACAAAUCAACUCAUCCAAGUUUUGGAACAAAGAGGAUCAAGUCAAAGGAAAUCCUUUGGUCCUUCCAGAAAUAAAGUUUUGGAAUGCAAGAUCGAACUUCGUAUCCAAGAAAGCUUUAAUCCUCAAGACUAUUGACCUCAGCAAGAUUAAGGAAAUACAAGAGAAAGCAAAUUUUCUUCAAAUGCAAGAAGAAGCCGCUAUUGAUCCCUUAAUUUGGUUUUCUCGUAGCUCAGUUUUUACUAUUUUUCUGCUUGUUACAGUAGCAGUAAUCUUUUGGUAUAUUUGGAAAAAACAAAUCCAGAAGAAAAAUGACCUACCCCAAGACAAGAAAGAUGAAGAAAAUCCCGAAUCCAGUGAAGAAAGGCCCAAGAAAAAUGUAACAAGAACAAAACCUACUGAAAACAGAAAACGUUCCUAUUCAGUUUUCAGACUAGGUGGGAAGGAGUUAUGA